AUGUCAAACAAACAAGAAUUUCGUGUUCGGGAUUUGAGCACUCGAAGUGUUCUGAUCUUUCCAACUAGAGCUCAAAUUAUUCGUGACAUCAGAGACAUCACAUUGCAGACUGGAACUAACCAAAUUAUCAUUGAUGGACUUGCUCCAACUAUUGACGAACAUUCCAUCAAAGUUGAAGGAAAUGGUUCAGCUACCAUCACCGAAGUAUCUGUUGAUCUUCUCCCGAAUCGUGAGGUUUACGAAGAAGUUUAUUCAUCUGACUCCGAGCUGGAGGAAGAAACUGAUGAUGAUUCCUCCGAUUCUGAGGAUGAGUCCAUGAAACUCGUCGAUAUCAAGAUCAAGCAGGUGAAUCGUUUGCUAUCUCAGGAAACCGAAAAGAUCAAUUCUGUUGCGAGUCGUUUAAAGAUUUGUGAGGAUUAUGGAGCUACCGUUCGUGAUAAUCCUCCUUCACCCGAACAAUUCGAGAAACUCAUCAAAGCAUAUCGAGAUGAACGUGAGAAAAUUUAUGUUGAGCACGUAGCUGCAACUGCUGCCUUGGAAGUCACACAGGACGAAAUUGUCAGAUUGGUGAAAGAGAAAAAUAAAUUAUCAAAAGCACGAACGAAGGCUCAACGAAAAGCAUUCAAGCAAAGGAUCAAGCUUCAAGCAACCAAGUCUCGGAAGAAUGCCGAGUCAACAAAGGAGAAACUGCGAAUCAAAUCUGAACGAAGUUUGUUCUGGCCAAAGAAAGUUUAUCGUGUCACAAUCAGUAUUGAACCUACGAGUUCUGCGAUGACAUCUGGAUCAUCUCGUCCUAGCUCGGUAGCCAGUGACAUGACCGUCAAUAACUACCAAGUAUCUAGUCGUCGAGCUACAGAUAUUAUUAGCCUCUCAAUCUCUUACAUCACCUAUGAAGUAUCCUGGUCUCCACGCUAUGAUCUCAGCCUCAAUACGUUAAGCAGUACCGGCGUACUCGAAUACGCGGCAGAAUUAAAGAAUAUGACAUCGGAAACAUGGCGCGAUGCUAAAGUCCUUCUCUCAACCUCACAAACAUCCAUUACUAGUUUUGAUGAAUCGAUGCCUACCCUGCCUCCAUGGAAUGUACGACUAUUAAAAGGAGGGAGUAGAAAUGCCGAAGCUUCUCUUUUCAGUACCAGUGAAAUCGCGGCCAAGAGGACGGAGUGGGCUGAUAAGAACAAUCAACACCUUCAGCAGCCUCGAUAUCUUCUUUUUGGAUUCGAGCCAACCAACAAUCCAUUUUCUAAUAAAGGUGGAUUUGCGAGUAACGGUUUGUUUGGAAAUGCCCCAGACCAAGCCAAACCAAACCUUUUCCCACAAUCAACAGGAUUCGGAGCUGCUGCAUCUUCCCAAACUCCUACCGGCGCUUUGUUUGGGUCUACUGUGCCAGUUACUGGAGGGUUAUUCGGGAAUCUUGGAUCGUCUCAAAAUCCCGUCUCCAGCGGUGGAUUGUUCGGGGCUGUUCGCCCACCACCAGCUCAGAACUUGGAGCCUGUAUCCGAAAACUCCACGAGUCAAGCUACCCAAGGUACACUAUUCGGGAGUGUCCAACCCCCCAUGCAUCCGGAGCACAUCAUUAAUGUUUCCGCGCCCGGAUCGGAUAUAGGCGAUCCCACUGGUGCGCUCGAAGCUCCACUUGUUCAACGUCUCCUUUCUCCCAAACCUACUCUCACAUUCGAAGAAGGAGCUUGGGAAGAGUCCGGCAUGUCUACCACUUACGAUCUCCCCGGCCUUAAAACACUCAUGCCUUCCAACUCGGUCCUCAAGCACAAGAUUGCGAAGAUUGAGUUCAAGAAUAUCGGGUUUGAACAUGUGGUUAUACCCAAACUCCGAACUGUCGCAUUCCUCAAAGCUAAAUUGCGCAACUCAUCGAAGAUUCCAUUGUUAGCAGGCCCAGUGGGAUUAAAUUUGGAUGGCAGUUUUCUGGGCCAGGCUACUUUCCCGAGAUGUUCUGUUGGUGAGAGUUUAAGCUUAAAUCUCGGUGUUGAUCCAGCAAUCAAAGUUGUCUAUAACAAGCCCGAAGUGCGACGUUCGCAAAGUGGAAUCUUCUCAAAAGAAGACAGCAACGUAUUUUUACGUUCUUUGUCCUUGCGCAAUACAAGAGUUCAAAGAAGUGUUAGUCUAUUAGUUAUGGAUCAGGUGCCGGUAUCCGAGGAAGAGCGACUUCGAGUUGAAGUUUUGGUCCCACGAGGCUUGCAACCUGAUGGUGAUAGAAUCUCCACGGGGAUGAACUUAGAUGAUGAGAUGCUUCAAGGAGGUCGGGAGCGGGAGAGAGAUAGAGAGAGGAGCUCUAGUGGUGGAGGCGAGCUCGUACGUCGAAGUAAGAAACCUGAUGCAUGGGGAACGGCCGAUGCAGAAUUAAAGAAGAGUGGAGAGGUGCUUUGGAAUGUGAGGUUGGCACCAGGGGCAGGUGUUAAGUUGGUAUUGCAAUAUGAAGCUGGAUUUCCGAGUGGGGAGACAGUGGUGAAUGCAUAG